AGGGAAGCUAUGUACAGUCGUUUGUGUUAACAGUUGAGAGUAGACCAGCACGGACAUACCCUCGGCAGUGCUGUAAACUUGCAUGCAGGCGCGGCGCCCUAAGGACUUUCAGCGAGAUGGGGUAAAACGGCCAACCUGCUGUUGGCGUAGAGAUGGCGUCACCUUACACAACAGGGAGCUCUUUGUCAUCCCCUGUCAACAUAUUGACCACACACGUUGACACCGGGAACAGCAGCUUGGAUUGGAAAGUCAGAUCUGUCUACAGUGACGUCAACAUGACGUCACAAGGCACACCACUGACGUCAAACGAAGAAUAUGUCUACACUUUAACUGUUAUAGGCAAUGUGGAAAGAUAUUACAUGUGGUUCAUCCUGGUUCUUGGCUUCCCUGGCAACCUCGCUAGCAUUGUGACCAUUCUGAGAAUGUCACGACUAAAGUCAGCCACAUUUUACGUGGCCGUGUUAGCGACCGUAGACAACGUCGCUCUGAUCCUCAAAACAAUAUUCAUGGAGCUGUUGCACCACCCCAAUGCCUUCUCAGUACCUGGUUGUAGGUUCAUGUGCUUCUUUGGACUCGUCACAGCUGCCUUUUCUAAUUGGAUACUGGUUGCCAUGGCGACAGAACGGUUCAUGGCUGUCCGGUUUCCUCUAAGAGUAGCCAGCAUUUGGACUCUACGUCGCGCCCUGGUCCUCACCGUCGUCUUAUUUAGCCUCCUUUGUAUCUUACAUAUGCAUAUUUUCUGGACAAUGGUCAACGCUGUCCAUGGCUGCAGCUACUCCCCCGACUACAGACACUUCACCGCAGACACGUGGUACUGGAUCAGCGCGUUCGUCUACGCCUUCAUCCCCUGCAGCGUCCUCAUCAUGUUCAACUUCCUCAUCGUCCGCAGCAUUCAGACGUCAUCCAAACUUCGCCGCCAGCUGACCGUAGAGAGGGACGUCUCCAAGAAACCACAGAGGGUUUCUGGCAACCAUGACACCCAGAUCACCAUCAUGCUGAUCAGCGUAACCAUAGUGUUUGUCAUCCUCACCAUCCCUCGCUGUGCCGUCAUCCUCAUCAUCACAGGGGACCCUCCGCAGUCUCCGAUGGAGCAGGUGCGACAUCGCCUCGUGGAUGUGCUCACCUCCAUGUUCGCCGACUCCAACCACGCCAUCAACUUCUUCCUGUACUUCUUCGCGGCCAGGCAGUUCCGGUUCCACUUCCUGAAGACGGUUUUGAGUCAGCGACGUGGCAGCACUUACGUCACCAACACCAAGAGGUCAUCGACGGUGAGAGAGGAUGAGCUGCCAAUGAGCAGCUGACCCGUGGCCCCCAGAUGUAGGGCGGGGGUUGGGAUAAGGGUCUGCCCCUGAAGUCCUCCUAUGUCUGCAGAGGUCAAGUAACACCGCAGAAAUGCAGUGUCACAGCUACAGUGAAUUAACGAUGUGUAGACGAAUAAAACACAGAAAUGAAGUGUCACGGAUACAGUGAUUUCAUCAUGUAACAUCACAGAAAUGAGGUGUCACAGAUACAGUGAUUUAACAAUGAGUAGACGAAUAAUAUCACAGAUGAGUUGUCACAGAAAUACUGAUUUCAUGAUGUAUAGACAAGUAACACCACAGAAAUGACGUGUCACAGAUACGGCGAUUUAACAAUGUGUGGAGGACUAAUGCCACAGAAAUGAGGUGUCACAGAAAUACUGAUUUCAUGAUGUAUAGACAAGUAACACCACAGAAAAGAGGUGUCAAAGAUACGGUGAUUUAACAAUGUGUGGACGAACAAUACCGUAGAAAUGAAGUGUCACAGAUAGGGUGAUUUAACAAUGUGUGGACGACUAAUACCACAGAAAAGAGGUGUCACAGAUACGGUGAUUUAACAAUGUGGAGACAAAUAACACCACAAAAAUGAGGUGUCCGAGGUACAUCCGGUGCGAAUUUACACGAGAUAUACAGUUCCGGUGUCACAGAUGAAGUGACGUAACACUGGCGGGCACAAGACAGUGUCAGGUGACCCGCGUACACUAGAGUCAGCAGCAACAAGACGUAACUAUAUAUGCGCCUUAAAAAAGUUAAGCACCACUUAUAAUAUAUUUCCAUAAGAAAAGUUAAAAAAAAUAAGGGGAAAAACAGCUACUUUUGUUGACAGUGACAUACAUAUCAAAAUACAGAAACUGAAGCAGGUAUCAAAUGACAUUUUGUGAGGGCUCCCCGACACCAGUUAUUUGGCCACCUUUCAGUUACCUCCCGUGCCCCUUAACGUGGUAUGGCCAGGUAUUUGCGACAAUCAGGAGUAACGUACAGUGUUGCUGUCAAAACCGCCCUGAAGCUUUCAGAGACAGUUAAUCAAAACGACACCUGCGUCAUAUGCAGACAUUUCCAAUGGGAUACAGUAAAGUUUUAGAUAUAUGAAAACAAUUUAAGUUGUUUAACUUUUUUUCCGUCAGUAUAUAUAAAAAAAACUCCAUGAAAUGUGCACUUGGCACAUUGAGGGUCACAUGUCACAUGUGUUAUGCAAGUGUUCUAAAAAACUUUAAACGUAUCUACCUAUACAGGUUUAUUUAUUCAUCGAAAACUCCGACGUAUUCAGGUUGUUUUUUAAAAGAAUUAUGACUCGGUAAAUAGAUAUAUGUUGUGGAAGAAACUGGACGGUCUGGGGCUAACGGGAAACAUGAGAAAUGCUCUACACGCAAAAUACUACAAUGUGUCUAGUUGUGUGAGGAUUAACGGCUUUUACACUGACCAGUUUAGUGUAGGCUGUGGAGUCAAACAGAGUGUUUGUAUUAUGUGUUAUUUAAUAUCUACAUCAACGAUUUAUUUCGUACCUUAGGAACUCGGUAAAGGUUGACUGUUGACAAUGACCGUCUAUGUAUUCUGUUGUCUGGUUGUCGUCACUGCAUGCUGGACGGCAUCUUCCCGAGGCAAGAGAGUAAACUGACUAUAAAAGUCGAGUUUCCACCCUUGCCGAGCUAGGCUGGUAUUAUGGAGUUACAUUUUGUCUGGACUAACGAGUCUAUGCAUAGUCCAAUCAAA